CAUUUAACUUUGCUGAAUUACUUGGCUGACAUUGGAGAGCUUCCAUUAGCCACUGAACACAUACAAUGCAUUGCAGAUAAGUCGCCCACACUGCUACAUACUAUUCAAACUGAAUUAGCAGCGUCACUUUCAUCAUCAUUAGAACCAGAUUCAGCCGUUCGGUUGUCGAGGGAAAUGGCCAAAUUAUCUAUGCCUACUAUAGUGUAGAGUCCUGGGGCUAUCUUAAUAUCCAAAUCCAAUGAGUUGAUGUCUUUAGAUGGAUACGCAUAGUUCUUUGCUUCUGUUUCUUGAAUUUGAGGCAGGAAAAAAACAGCUCAGUUGCACAUACAACAGAGGAUGGUUAUGGCAAUGAUGCAGAUGGAAGUGUGGCAGCAGAGAAGGAACUGGAGCUCUGGUGGGUCCGCUGGGUCCCAGUGAGGGCGAGAACAGAAUCAUCAUUUCUUGAUUUUCCAAUGCUGAAGCUCUUGAGUUCGAGCAAAAAUCUGAACUUUUGAUCUUGAGUUCUAGGAUUACCUCCACCUUUACAAUGUGGUAUCCUGGUACAUUGAGUGAGGGUUUUCUGUUGAAAAUGUGGGCAAAAUUGAGAGAAAUAAUGAAAAAAUGAUGACGGAGAUCAUGUGGAGAAGAUGACAGCCAUGACCCAUGUUCUUGGAUCCAAAAUCAGAGAAAAACUUUUCACUACCUUUUUUGGGGUGUAAAGUAUCUCAUAUUACCUUUCUGCUUAAAACAAGUCAGGAACUAGAGAAGUUUGUUUCUGGAUGGUAUAACUGUUGCAGUAGAGAAGAAGGGCCUGUUUUAUUCAAAUUUACUGAAACUGGGUAGAGAAGACUUCUUUGAGGCCUGACAUGGAAAGCAGGAAUCGUUCGCUCUGGACAAAUGGAGAGGAGAAAAUCAGUAGACAAAUGCAUGCAGAACCAAAAAGAGUCUACGCUCCACCUUGUCCUCCGUCUUCGUGGUGGGAUGCAGAUUUUUGUGAAAACCCUUACUGGGAAAACCAUCACUCUUGAGGUUGAGAGCUCAGAUACCAUUGACAAUGUCAAAGCAAAGAUCCAGGACAAAGAGGGGAUUCCGCCUGAUCAGCAACGGCUAAUAUUUGCUGGGAAGCAACUUGAGGAUGGGCGAACUCUUGCAGAUUACAAUAUCCAGAAGGAAUCUACACUCCACCUUGUCCUCAGGCUUCGUGGUGGGAUGCAAAUAUUUGUGAAGACUCUUACUGGUAAAACUAUUACCCUGGAAGUUGAAAGCUCAGACACAAUUGACAAUGUCAAAGCAAAAAUUCAGGACAAGGAGGGGAUUCCUCCAGACCAGCAGAGAUUGAUCUUUGCUGGCAAACAACUUGAGGAUGGAAGGACCUUGGCAGAUUACAAUAUUCAGAAGGAAUCGACCCUCCAUCUUGUGCUGCGAUUGAGGGGUGGCAUGCAGAUUUUUGUCAAAACCUUGACUGGGAAGACCAUUACAUUAGAGGUUGAGAGUUCAGACACAAUCGACAAUGUCAAGGCCAAGAUUCAGGAUAAGGAAGGCAUUCCUCCAGACCAACAGCGAUUGAUCUUUGCUGGUAAGCAGCUUGAAGAUGGCAGGACUCUUGCUGAUUAUAAUAUUCAAAAAGAGUCUACUCUUCAUCUAGUUUUGCGAUUGAGAGGUGGGAUGCAAAUCUUUGUAAAGACUUUGACAGGGAAGACAAUCACUUUGGAGGUGGAAAGCUCUGAUACAAUUGAUAAUGUGAAGGCAAAAAUUCAGGACAAGGAAGGGAUACCACCGGAUCAGCAGCGGCUGAUCUUUGCAGGGAAGCAGCUCGAAGAUGGCCGUACCCUUGCAGAUUAUAACAUCCAGAAAGAAUCAACCCUUCACCUUGUUCUUCGCCUCCGGGGUGGUCAUUUCUGAGGAUAGAAUGCUGUUUGAUAUGCAAACAAUAUACCUAUGUUAAUUUUCUGUUUGGUUUUCUAUAUUUCUGUUUCUAAACUACCUCUUUUCUGAAGACUAGCUUGUUUGGAUUUUCUAUGUAGUACUACAAUAAUAAAAGUUGUAUUAAAGCUUUA